AUGUCGAAUUGUAAUAUCAUUGGUUUUGCAAGCUUUGCUUGACACCUGUAAAACUAAGGUUGUCGAUGAUUUUAUACAAAGUGUUUUAAAACUCGUUCAAGAUUGUUUUCACGAGACCGAAGAUGUACCAGUUGUUCAGAGAGCAGUAGCACUCGAAAGAACGUUUUCACGAAAUAGAUCUGAUGGCAUCCACUACUUGGCAGUAAAACAAUCGUGGGAAAAGUUAAUUUUUUGCUCAGGUCAAAACGUACAGCUCAGCUCUGCUUCAGUGGAUGUAAUACUGCAGCAAAUUCUCCAGCAUUUCUGGUUCACCAGUACCAAUAGCAAUACUCAAGAUGCAACAGUAGAUAUAUCGAAUGUGGAUUCACUCCCUGCAACUACAAGCUAUAUUGAUGCAAACCAGGACAAUGACACUAUUCAGGACCAUGCUGGGUGGGCAAUAAAGAGGGCAAGGGAUGUUAUCUUCAAGGGACAAAAUGAACUGCCGGCGAAAGCGACUGUUGAUGAAGAUUCCCCAGUGAUUUUUGGCAGCAAGACAGACGCAUUGACAGCCAGAUGA